AUGGAGACCUUUUAUUUCUGGGUUAACCUCCUCCUCGGACUCUUGUCGUCAGAAAUCUGCCUCAGAUCCUCUUUUGCAUUUCCACAAACAUUUUACUCCCAGCAUGCUUCACCUCAGAGACCUGAGCUCACGGAGGGCUCUGAGCACACGGAUCAGGAGCUACAAAAAGCUCCGUCUGAGGAUCCAGAGCUGGUGAACACGGUCAGAGUGAGCUGCUAUCCCGACUCUCUGGACAUCAUCAUCAAAGCGGACAUGUUCGGAGUCGGCGCUCCUGUUAAUAGCGACGAUAUCCGCCUUGGAGUGGAGCAUGAUGUUUUCUGUACGGCUGCACCGUCUUCAGUAGACGAGUACAGGAUCACUGUUGGACUGUCAGAGUGCGGCACCAAACACUGGGUAACUUUAAAAUCAAGACGCUUAUUUUGACCUUUUGACCCCCUGAUCUAAAAAUCUCUCGCUCCACAGAUGACUGAGGACUCUCUGGUCUACACAAACCUCCUCAUCUACUCUCCCGAGGCCUCUCCUGAUGGGCUCAUCCGAAUGGAAGAGGCUGUGGUUCCAAUCGAGUGUCAUUAUGAAAGGUCAGUCUGCCUUUUUACCGUCAUUUUAAAGCUCUUGUCUUUUAUAACUCUCAUUUUCUUCCUCUUUAGGAAAUACAGUCUGUCCAGUUUAUCAAUCGCACCCACCUGGAUCCCCUACAUGUCCACUCAGGCUGCCGUGGAGACUCUGGAGUUUGACCUGAGAAUCAUGACGAGUAUGUUCAAUCCCCUUCUUACUUUUGAUUUUACAUCUUUUGUCAGCGCUUUCUAAUGUCACUUCUGCGCAGACGACUGGACGUAUGAAAGAAGCUCAAAAGUCUUUCACCUCGGGGAGCCGAUCAGUAUCGAGGCCUCGGUCAGGAUCGGACACCACAUGGGGCUGAGGGUGUUUGUGAGCAGCUGUGUGGCCACGCUGAGCCCGGAUAUCUACUCUGUUCCAAGAUACAUCUUCAUCGAAAACGGGUGAGCGUUCCUGCAGCUUGGUGACAGUCUUUCUGGAAACAAUGGAAACUGUAUCGUCCAACGAUAGGACUCUGUAGUUGGAGUCGGGGCAUGGGCUUAAUAUCACUUGUUUGUGAACUGUCCUGAGGUCUGAUGAAUCAAAAUCUAACCCUUUCGACGUAGAACCUGAAAUCAUAGCCUCCUGACUAUGAUUUCCCCUUCACAUGAUACCAAAUGUGAAGGGGUGGAGCUUCAGUACCUUUCUCUUCCUCACUCAGAAAAAAUGGCUGCCAUCAGUGCAUGCACAUUUUAUGGGAAGAGGAAAAGUACUGAAGCCCCACACCUUCACAUUUGGUAUCAUUGAGAAGCUCUAAAUGUCCUCCAUAGAAACCAAAAUGAGUUAAUUCAGUAGUAUGCAGUGGGUGGGAGAUAUUGAGGUUUACAAUGGUCCUCCACAGAAGACAAUUUGAACUACUGGUAGUCAGGAGGAUAGAUGCCGCAUCCCCAGUCUUAAAGAGUAGGACUACAUGGCGUCCCUGAUGGUUUGGGGAUCAUCAGAAUCCAUGUCUUUAGUAUCUUCCUCAUCUGUGAAUGCUUCAUUAAUGCUUAAUAAUAUCUACAGGUUUAGGAGCAACAUCUGCUGCCGUCUAGACGAUGACUUUUUCAGAGAAGAUCUCAGUGUAUUGACAGAUUUAGGACUCUCUCUCUCUGAUCUUCUCCCUCCUUUUUAUCUCUCUGUAGAUGUUUGGUUGACUCUCAGCUUCCAGGUUCAAAGUCUCACUUCUUACCUCGAAUUCAGGAUGAUAAGCUUCACCUGGUCAUCGACGCCUUCAGGUUUCAUAAUGAAGAUAGAGGAGAGGUGAGGGUUAAACUUGCCUUAAAUGAUGGUUUUUAAACGUGUCUGAAUGACUUCUUCUUUCCGUCAGCUGUACGUCACAUGUCACAUGAACGCCGUACCAACGCACGACACAGAGGCGCUGAAUAAGGCGUGCACAUUUGUAAAUGGAAGGUAAGAGUGAUCCAGUCCUGAAAUUUGUCCCGUUAAGAGUGAAAACUUGAUGUGAAACAGCGCACUCCUUUUAUCAGGUGGAGGUCAGCUGAUGGUAACGACUACCUCUGUGGACAAUGUCAAAACCAAAAUGAGGUCUCCAGUAAAUCCAGCAGUGCGGGUACGUUCGGUCCACGAGGGUUCAAGAAGCUGCAUAAGUCUGAAUCCUGGAAGAGCGCGGUGAAAAACAACAUUGGUGAGUGCUCAGCCCAUCUGAUUUUCGGCUGAUCAUUUCGAUAAAAUGUUUUCACUCUCAGAUGUCAGACUUAGCUCAAAUAACAAUAAUCGUGUUUGUGUUUAGUGUGGGAACAAGAAGCCAAACUGGGUCCAGUGCUGGUGCUGCCUGGGAAGAUGAAAAGUGGACCUCUACCUGAGGACGAGCUCCCCCCUGUUCUCGGUAAGAUCAGCAGACCUGCUCUGUACGGCAGCCAGUGGAGGAGCGGACUGAACAACAGGAGAGUUGGUGAGAUUAAAAACACACGAUGAUGAAGAAGAUCUCUGCUGCAAGUGAAGAUGAAAUAAGCUGAAAGUUCAGAUGCUAAGAAGAAUUUUCAACCUCAGAAAUGGAGAAGGGGCUGACUCCUGAUCCGUCAGAGGAUGACUACGAUGAGGAGGAGGAGGAAGAAGAGGAGGAUCAGACUUUAGAUUCUGAGCUGAAGGAAGACCUCACUACUGGAGCAGAUCUGAAAGGUAAAACCUAAAAGACUUUUAAAAACAUCACCGACCAGAAAUUUUAAACAUUAAUCCUGAAAUUACAGGUGAUGACGAGGGUGAAGAAGCUGCUCCUGCAGAGAAGGUGGAUCCUGCUGAUGAUGAAGAAAGUGAAGAUGCUGCCACUGUAGAGAAGGUGGACCCUGUGCUGACUCUGAAGUCAAAGGCUAAAGAGAUCCAAACAAACAGCACAGCAGCUCCGAGCGACGUCAGUCUCACAGUUCAGUCCACGACAGGAGUGACGAUACGGACCAACGGCACCGAGACGGGACCUGCACCCACACGAACGAGUGACCCGAAGAGAUGA